AUGUCAGAAAUGGAUAAAAAUGGGCACCGACUCUCCUACGUCCGACUCGACGACAUACCAGAACCCUCACAAGCGCGGCAACGACCUCUAUCAUCGGCCGAACAAGCUUUCCUGCAGUCUCAGACACAGAAAUCCUGGGGAGCAAGCUGGACCCUGGAAAUCCUAGGCUGUCUCACCUCGAUUGGGUUUCUUGUUGCCAUCGUCGCGGUACUGUUCCACUAUGAUGGCAGACCAAUGCCCCAAUGGCCGUAUGGCAUUACUCUCAAUGCGCUUGUGUCCGUUCUCUGCACGGUAAUGAAAGCUAUGAUGGCGUUUAUCCUCGCCGAGUCUCUUGCUCAGCUGAAAUGGUCUUGGUUUCGCGACGGAAACAAGCUGAGUGAUCUUUCUGUCUUGGAUGCUGCCAGUCGCGGGUUCAUGGGUGCUUUCGUCGCUCUAUUUCAAUUUAUGCCUCGACAUCUCAUUACAUUUGGGUGUCUCGUUCUGGUCAUAGCAGCCGCUACAGACCCGUUCGUCCAGCAAGUUAUCGGCAUCCACAUGCGUUCAGUGCACGCCCUAGGCCACUCGUCUAUUCAAGUUUGCAAUGCCAGCACGUAUACGGAUUACGGCGAGGGCGAGGGCCCGGGACUGAACAAGGUUCCGCUUGGAACUGCCGGCGCAAUCUAUUCUGGGAUUUUCCAGAACCAAAGUCCCAACAGCAACGCGAUAUUAGCGAACUGCCCAACUGGAAACUGCACGUUUGCACCAUACCAGUCUCUUGGGAUCUGCAGUCGCUGUGAGAACAUCACUGACUCCCUCGAGCUGUCCAAGGCACCACUUGGACCAAUGCUGACCAAGUACCACUAUACACUACCUAACGGGUUCUCUUUCACCACGGCCCAGAACAUGGUCUAUUUGAUGAACAGCACGACGGGACUGGACUUCAUCAAACUACCUGCAGCAGACCUACCGCUCAUCCUCAACUUCACCGCCAUCAGCUCAGCAGGCUACGGGACAACGUCGAUCAGCGCAACAGAAUGCGCGCUCUACUUCUGCAUCAAGACAUACAAGGCAGCUGUGCAGGAAGGUGAAUUCUCAGAGGCAAUCUCGACAGUCUCGACCACCUCCAACGCCUCGUCAUCCUCAUUGGAGGACUUUGCUAUUACACCAGACGUCUGCUACGUCAACGGGACACGCCACGAGAAACCAUACACAAAGUUCGCAGAAGAUUGCACAUACAACGUCAACUGGCUCAGCCGUCUAGCCCUAUCAAAUUCCCUCUCACCAUUACUCCAAGGCAAAGGGUCUCUCUUCGUGAGCAACCGACCAAGCUGGAAACCCGAAACCCUCGAGGCCGUUUACGGCACGCAAGGGAACUACACCGACAUCACCUCAGUGUUCGAAUCGCUCGCAAGAUCGCUAACACUGCAAGCACGAUCCAAAGUCUGCAAAGCAACAGUUACAGGGAUUACUUGGACCGUGGAGUCAUUCGUGCAUGUGCGCUGGCCCUGGAUGAUUCUGCCGGGGGCCUUGGUUCUGCUUAGUGGCUUAUUUCUGAUUAUUACGAUCCUGCACACUCGCAAUCAGUAUAUCUGGAAGUCGUCGCCUCUGGCGCUGUUGUUCUCGGGGUUAACUGUUGAUUCUCCUGAACCGCUGAAGGCGGAUCCGACGCUGAAGGGGAUGGAGGAUACGUCAAGGAAGAUGGAGCUUUUGUUGGAAACGUCGGCUGAGGGGGUCAGGUUGAAGGCUGUGCCGAGAUAA